CAAAUCACAAACAAAAUGGGUCCUAAGAUGUUGAUGAUGGUGGUUCUUGCUAUACUGGCGGCGGCGACAGUAACGGAUGCGCAAGAGACAUGUGCGCAGAGUCUGAUCCCUUGCGCUCCGUACCUUACGAACGCCACAGCGCCACCGCAAGACGAUUGCUGCAACCCCAUCAGAGAAGCCGUGCGUACACAAUUCACUUGCUUGUGCAACCUUUUCAACGAUCCCAACUUGCUUAAUUCUUUCAACGUUUCCGUCCCUACUGCUAUGAGGAUCGCUCGUGAUUGCGGUGUCAAUGCUAAUCUCAGCGACUGCAACAACGCUACUUCUCCUACAUCUGCUCCACCCCCACCAGGGCAAAGAGACAAUGGAGGCGCGCACAGGACAGCGUUGACUGGAAUCACCGUCUUAUUAUUGGUUAUGGUAUUUAUAGCGCUGUACUAGGGAGACAUAUUCCCAUGUUGGGUUUGUGAGAGUAAAUAAUAAUACAGAGAUCAUUCAGAUUUUUAGGCAGUGAGUGGAGUUGAAUUAUCUGUGAGAUUUUUAUAGUUUCAUACUCUCUUUUUAUAUACAUUUGUUUGUACAGUGUUGUUUGUUCGUACAUUACUUAUUCAGUCA